AUCAAUUUUUGAAAGACAAAUAAACUUUUUUGUUAGACUUUAGAGCCUUGUAUUUUUUUAUAAUCUCUAUAUAAUUUUUUGAAUUCCACUUUUUUUAUAAUCGAUGGCUCAUUUUCUAUCCAUUUAACAAUAUUUUGUAUUUUGUUAUAAUAUUCAACAUGUGUCAAGUUUUCGCGGUAAUAGCCCAACGCUUAUGAACGACAAAAUCAUAUGCUCGAACGCUCGAACAGCUUGACAGUGACGUUCUCCUCUCAGCUGACAUUGACAUUGACAGUUCACUUUCCCACUUCGAAGUGCCGUAUUUAUUUUAACUUGUGUACAAAACAUUUUCAUUUAUCUACUACAAAACUGGGAAUCAAGCUAAGGAAUUUAUUGCUAUUAUGUGAUAAUGUAUAAAUGAUAACUUUGUGUGGUUUAUAAUUAUUCAAUCUUAUUUAACAGUUGAGAAAUUGUGAAUAAACAAUGUCGGAAUGUAGGAUUUGCUUGGAAACCAGGAAGAAUGUACGGUGUAUAUUUAAUGGCACAGAUGGGGACCUCAAUACAACGUUCGCUGACAUGAUAACAUACGUCGCUAGUAUUAAGAUUACAAGAGAAGACGGGAUCACGGACCAGAUAUGCCUUGCUUGUCGGAAAAAGCUCAAAGAGUUAUAUGAUUUUAAAGUUCUUAUACUAAGGUCCAACACUCAACUGCAUCAAAAGAACAAUUCGAAUUUCAAAAGGAUCCAUUUUAAUGACAUAACAGAUGUCAAGCUUGAAAUUGCCGUGGCCCCAACUGAUGAGAAAUAUUUACUCAAAGAAUAUGAGGAUAUUAAGAUGAACCUGCAGAGUGCAGAAGAUUCUGUUUGCUACAAUGAUACCACAAUUAAAAAGGUGGAGCCAAGUUCCAUAGAAGUGGAGAUAGACAAUCAGCCAAUGUCAGUCAUGGACUUCCUUGACACCAUCAAAGAUGACCUGGAAAAUGACUAUGACCAGGAUUUCGAUGCGGCCCAAGGUGACCCGGACACGGACUCUGAUGAGUAUUUGCCACACAGCAUUAUGCAGAAGAAAUAUGGGAAAAAACACAAGAUAAAGAAAAAGACUAAAUUGUCAAAACCCACCAAAAACGGAAACACCAAAACAGAAGCCACACCCAACAGGGUCCGUAUAAAACCGACGUGGAUCGAGGACCUCCGCGUGAUGGCCACGUACGAGCCGAAGCGACCGAGGGAGAAAAAAAAAUACAAGCAAAAAACCAAGGAGGGGAUGUGCCCCCACUGCGGCAAGUUCUCCAAGAACCUGACCAGUCAUCUUGUGUUUCAUAGGGAGCCGCUGUAUAAGUGCGGCUUUGAGGGCUGCGGCAGGACGUUCCACCACCGCAGCCCCAUGCUGCGCCACGAGCGCACUCACACCGCCGCGCGCGACCACCACUGCGACCAGUGCGUCGCGGCCUUCCACUCGCAGCAGGCGCUCAAACAACAUAAAAAAUGUCACGACCAGGCAAGAAGAUACGUUUGUGAAACCUGCAACAAGUCUUAUAAGAGGGGGCACCAGCUAUCGCGGCACGUCCGCACCCACAACUCUGCCAACAAGAACAUCCAGUGCGAGCUGUGCAACAUGUCCUUCUUCUCGCAAUUCGGGCUGAGACACCACAUGAGGGUGCACACCGGGGAGAGACCCUACAACUGCGAGCUCUGCUCGCAGCCGUACAGCUACAAGCACGACUUCAACCGGCACUGCCUGAAGAAGCACGGCGUGUUCCUCAAGCGGCGCUCGGUCAACGUCAUGAACGCGGAGGUGCUGGCGCGGGAGCGCGCGCUGAUGCGCGAGCUGGCGGCGGCGGCGGCGGGCGGGGCGCCGCGCCCGCCGGCCGUGUUCGUCGGGAAACAGGGUGCCCUGGCCUACGAGCUGGCCAUCCGGGCUUUGCGCAAAAACCCGCUGCUCCUCGCGCCGCACUCUUGAUGCCAAAUCAUCAUAGUACAACCACAAAUAAAAGUGAUGUGAAAUUGUGAACAUUUGAAUCCCUUGAGGGCACAUAAUAUACGUAAACUCCACCAGGGGUCGACAAACCACGGUAUGCAUGGUAUGGUUUUAAGUUUUUUAGUUUCCCAAAGUAACCUUUCGACUUCAUUGGAGUUGCAAGCCGCAGCAGUCGACGGUAACCGCUUGCCACGAGGAGUCGUAUGUACGAAAUGCAAUCUCGAAUCAAGAUUAGCGAUUCGAGAUCUUGUGCGAGACUGGAUGUUUCAUGAUCUCAACCGUUAGACUUUCGAGAUUAAUCUCGACAAGAUCGAGAUUUGAUAAAUUAAUUAAAAUUAGUUACCUUGAUCAACAAUUUGGGUACUUGGUAAAACAGCACAUUAAAUGAACCUUUAAAAAGCCUUAUAGAUAAUUGUGGGCACCCUAACUUUACCCGAUUCCUCCGUACAUAGCGCGCAAAGCGCUUUUGUCCGUUAAAGUACAGUAGAACUGUCUGAAUAAUCUAACCUAAAAAAUAUUAAUCAAUAUACAAGAAUUCACACGCGUUAAUCUUUCAAUCUCGAACGAGAUUGCAAAAAUCGAGAUCUCCUGCAAACUAAAUUUAAUCUCGAAAAUUCGCUCGAGAUUUCGAGAGAUCUAGAUUGCAUUCCUUAGUGAUAUGGUUGUCUGCCACCAAUGUGUUAUACUUAAUUAUAAAUAUAUAGAGUAUAAACAAGUUCUCAACGUGGUUUCUACUCUGGUUGGAUUAUAAACAUUAUUAUCCAUGAUCUAAUAAUCAUGAUACCUAAGAGUUUCGCGGAACACAACAUAAAUACUUACGGAAUGUUGUUGCUUAAUUUUUAAUUUUAUUGUUAAAUAUCCAUAAAACUUUUUUAUGUGUAAAUAAAUCCGUUGAUUCUUA